AUCAAAAUAGUCGAUUUGUCUAGAGUCUUAGCUGGCCCAUUAUCUACUAUGCUAUUAGCUGAUAUGGGCGCUAACGUUAUAAAGAUAGAAGAGCCAACUAGGGGCGAUGAUACACGCUCUUGGCUACCACCUGCAGCCAAGUUGAAACCAAACCCAGCUGCACCGCAUUUACCACCUGAAUCAGCCUAUUUUUUAUCUACAAAUAGAAACAAACGUAGUUUAGCUUUAAAUUUAAAACAUAAAUCUGGACAAUCCAUUAUCAAAAAGCUAGUAAAAGAUGCUGAUGUCUUUGUUGAAAAUUAUCUACCUGGAAAGUUAUCAGAGUUUGGUUUGGGAUAUGAAGAUAUAAAAUCUAUAAAUCCAUCCAUAAUUUACGCUUCAAUCACUGGGUACGGUCAAACCGGGCCAUUCGCCAAUGCACCCGGUUAUGAUGUUUUAAUUGAAGCGGAAGCUGGAUUAAUGCAUAUAACAGGUGAGAAGCAGGGCAAUCCCGUUAAAGUUGGUGUUGCUAUCACAGAUAUAACGACUGGUUUAUAUGCCCAUGGUGCGAUCUUAGCUGCAUUGUUUAACAAAUUACGUACGGGUGAAGGCGCACAUCUCGAUAUCAGUUUAUUUGAAAGCCAAAUUGCAAGUUUAGCCAACAUAGCAUCCAAUUAUUUGAUAUCUGGAAAGGAAGCUGAAAGACAGGGUACUUCACAUCCUUCUAUUGUUCCAUAUCAGACAUUCACCGCGUCAGAUGGUUACAUUAUGAUCGGUGCAGGUAAUGAUAAACAGUUUGUCUCCUUAGCAGAAGUCCUCGGAAAGGAUGAGUGGAAUUCUGACGAGAGAUACAAAACCAAUGCUAGCCGCGUUAAUUAUCGCGACGAACUUGUUGGUCAACUCAACUGCAUUUUAAGUAAACAAAGUAUCGACUACUGGUUGAAGAAGUUUAAAGGUAGCAGAUUUUCAUUCGGGCCAAUCAACAAUAUACAACGGACAUUCGAGCAUCCGCAAUCUUUGGCAAGGAAUGUUGUCACAGAAAUUGAACAUCCUCGUAUUGGUAAUGUCAAGUUGACGGCACCUGCUAUCGGAUACUCUGGAGAGAAGCUUAAAAUAACAAAGCCACCACCAUACUUGGGUCAACACACAAAUGAAGUACUCAGAGAGGAAGGCUACACGGAUGACGAGCUUCUACAAUUCAGGAAAGAGGGUGUAGUUAUAGACAAUAGUGCUACACCAAGGGAUAGUAAAUUGUAAAUUGUAAAAGUGAUAGGUAGUAUACCAAGAUCAGAUAAUAUUGUAAAGAAGGAAUAACGAAUGAUAAAUGAAUAAACUAUGCCGUCU